AUGGACGCCCCCUGGGAUCUGCUGAAGAUACACAGUGUUUUAAAGUGGAGAAAAAGGACGCACAGACACAGUAUGAGAAGCUAAAUAUGGUUGUGUGUGGGAGCAACAGCUCACUGAAAUCCUCCAUCUCAGAGCUGAUCCUGCAACACACACACAGAAGAUCAGAGAGUGUGAGGACAGAUGUGGAUCUUCAUGGUCGUCUGAUCAAUGUGCUGGAGCUUCCAGCUCUGUUCAACACUGGCCUCUCAGAGGAGGAAGUGAUGCGUCAGACUCUCCGCUGUGUGUCUCGCUGUCAUCCUGGAGUUCAUGCUUUCCUCCUCAUUAUUCCUGACGCUCCACUCAAUAAUGAAGACAGAGCAGAAAUGGAGGAGAUCCAGAAGAUCUUCAGCUCCAGAAUCAACAAACACAUCAUGAUCCUCAUCAAGCAGAACUCAGAUCAUCAGACAGCAGAACUCAAUGAAGAAACACAGACUGUCAUUCAGAGUUUUGGAGGAAGACAUCAGUACUUUAAUCCUGAAACACAAGUGUCCACAUUGAUGGAGAACAUUGAGAAGAUGCUGGAGGAAAACAGAGGAGGCUUUUACUCCACAGAGACAUUUCUGGAGGCACAGAUGACCAAACUGAUGAAAUAUAAAAAGAUGAAGAAGAAACUUCACUUACCACAGGCACACUUAACUUUACAAGCUGCAGCAGAAAAUGAAGAUGAACUGAGGAUUGUUCUUCUGGGAAAAACUGGAGUUGGUAAAAGUUCAACAGGAAAUACAAUCUUAGGAAGAGAUGCAUUUGCAGCGGACAUAUCUCAAGAAUCUGUUACUGUAACGAGUCAGAAAGAAUCAUCUGAAAUCAAUGGCAGACUCAUCACUGUGAUCGACACUCCAGGACUGUUUGAUACUGAACUCAGUAAUGAAGAGAUCAAGAGAGAAAUCAGCAACUGCAUCUCCAUGAUUCUGCCUGGACCACAUGUGUUCAUCAUUGUGCUUAAUUUAGGACAGAGAUUCACUAAAGAGGAGGAAACAUCAGUGGAGUUCAUCCAUGAGAUGUUUGGUAAAAAAUCUCUAAUGUUUACUAUGGUGCUCUUCACCAGAGGAGAUGAUCUGAAAAAGAAAACCAUUGAAGGAUUUCUGGGUAAACCUGGAUCUGUGGUCAGAAAACUGAUAGAAUCUUGUAGAAACAGAUACCAUGUGUUCAACAAUAAUCAGCCUGAAGACCGAACACAAGUGUCUGAUCUACUGGAGAAGAUAGACAACAUGGUGAAGGCAAAUGGAGGAAGCUUCUACUCAUGUAAGAUGUUCAGAGAGAUGGAGAGAGAAAAACAAGAACAGCAGACAAGGAUCCUGAUCGACAGAGUCAGAGAAACAGAAGAAGAGAUGAAGAAACUAAAAGAAGAGAAUGAGAGAAUGAAGAUGAUGAUGGAGAAAUUAGAACAUAGUAAGGAGAAACAGAGAAUGAGAAGAGCAGCAGAUGAAUAUAUAAAAAAUGAACAACUAUUUAAAAUUCAAACAAGCAGAGAACUACAGGAAUUGGAGAAACCGGAACAAAAACAGAAGCAAAGAGUCAAAGAUGAAGAAAAGAGAGAAAAAGAAAAGCAAAGUUCAGAUGAACAGAUUCAGAGUUUUAAGUAUGAAAUAGAACGAGUAAUCAAAGAGAAAGAAAAAACAGAAAAAGAAAGACAAGUACAACUAGAGAAUUUAGAAAAGGAACUGAAAAAAGAAAAAAAACUGAGAGAAGAUCAACAAAAGACUUUUGAAGAGAAACUGAAAGAUCAACAAAAGACUUUUGAAGAGAAACUGAAAGAUCAACAAAAGACUUUUGAAGAGAAACUGAAACUCUAUGAAGAGCAGAAUGAAGUUGAAUUGAAGAGAAGACCAGCAACAUCAGAUGCUGCCAUUUUUGGCAAGAAUUUUUUUCAGAAAUUGAAGGACCCCAUUGAGCAGAGUCUCUAUAAAAAAACUGCCAGAGAUUUAACAAAUGAACUGAGAUCAAACUGUGAAUCACUGAAUGGAAACAGAUCAAAUCUGGAGAAACACAUCCUGAAGACACUUGCAGAAGAGGAGGACUUUGACAAAUACAUGAACUACUUUAAUAAUCCCAGAGAUCACUUCAAGAGUUUCAUCAGAAAUGAAGUCAGUCGCUACAUCAGAGAUAAGUUCAGCAUCAGUGUUUUACCCAAGAUGGAGGAGAACAUUAAACUCCUGCAGCAGAAGAUCAUGAACGCAGCACAUCAAUCUACUGAACAUGUUCAAGUUAACAGUGGAGAUGUUGGUUUGUGGUUGAAGAGUUUCACACAGCAGCUCUCAGAUCAGCUGAUCUUCUCUGAAAAAGACCUCAGUGGAGUCAAACAUGAUGAUGUUGAUGAUUUCACACUCCUGGAAGAUGUGAUCAGACAAGAGCUUACAGCUGUAAUGUCAGACAUCAGCAGCAUAUUCAACACAUACAAAUUUCUAGUAAAGCUGGACUAUAAGUUCAGGCCAGAAGAGCUUCUGAUUGAUCACUUCUGUCAGUGCUGUUGGGUUCAGUGUCCGUUCUGUGGAGUCACUUGCACAAACACCAUAGAAAACCAUGAUGGAGAUCACAGUGCUCCUUUACACAAAGUGAGAGGAAUUAUUGGUACAUACUACCAUUUAACACUGAAUCUUUGUGCUGAUAUUUGUACAAAUGUAGUAGUGAGUGAACAAGAUAUGAAUGCACCAAACAAAAGGAUCCUCUUAAGAGAACACAGAUCAGCAGGAGGAGCUUAUGCUAACUGGAAUAUCACUCCAGAUGACUCUGAACUGCCCUACUGGAAGUGGUUUGUUUGCAGAUUCCAGAAAGAUCUGGAAAAAAAGUACAAUAAAACAUUUUCGGGGCUCAAAAAAAUCCCAGAUAGAUGGAGACUAUAUUCAAAACAGUGUGCUAUUAAGAGUUUGGAUCAAUAUAUUUAAUGAAAAAGAUCAUACUCACACCUGUUCUCCUCAGAUCAGUCAGAAGUGAGUUUCUAUUACUCAUUAUUCAUCAUCGAGAGUCAAAACCCAUCAUCUCACAGGUGCAGAGGAUCACCAAAUACGUUACAAUCAGAUCAAAAACAUUGUAAAUGGAUUAAAAACUGUAUUUCUGCACUUGCUGUAGCUGGUGGUUGAAAUGCUUUGUAGUCGAGAGCUCUGUCUCAAGUCUUAAUUUGUGCCUUAAUCUGGACUAUUGUACUACUUAAACCAACAAUGCAUCUUAGAGGACAGGUGUGGGUGCACAAUUGAAUAAGAAAUCCUACCUUACCAGACUUAAAAUAAUAAAUCUACAGCCAAAGACCCACCUAAAGACCAAACAGAUCUGGCUGUGCUAAUGGUGCUAAAACAACAAGAGGCUACUAUCCCUUGUUUGUUUAUUCUGCCAUCUUAAAGAUAAAAGUGGUUGGUGAUAAGAUUCUGUAGUUUCACUCACUCUCAGAAAACAAAAUCUUUCUUGCAGGCAAGCAGAAUGCUAAAUACUGAAGACAAUUGUUUAUAUCAGAUGCCCUCCAUUCAAACUAACUUGGUGCAAAAGUGCUAAAGGACACUUCUUCCUCCAUCAUCCAUCUACUAUAUGUGCUACUGAACCCAACCUAAAUUGCUCUGGUAAACACACACAACUUUGGUAAAUGUCUGAUGUUUGAAUGGACUUGUGGCUGACGCAUACCACAAGCACAGUGAAUAUGAUGCUAGUUAGUGUUACACUUUAAAGAAGGAGACGAAGUUCGUUCUUGUAGCAACACAUUUAUUUCUGUUUAAACACAGGAAAACACCGUUUGGUUAAGUAGCACGCUAGUUGUGUCUGCCAUGCAGCUAACCAUACACUUGACUACUGCUUCCUUGUGCUAUGGACACCUACAGAUGUUACUACUUCAAUGUGUUCCUUUUGCCACCAUUCAUACCGCAGCGAAGGCGGUAAUUGGUGCGCCAGCAGCUGUUGACUGCUGGGUGGCACUUUAACCACAGAUAUUCAGCUUUGCCUUUUCACAAUACUAAACAGACGAUUCUGAAUGCGUACUUUAUGUGAUGUGAUGUUCAAUUAAAAUAUAAUUUUGAUUUA